CUGAAGAAUAACGCAUACUUGGGGAGCUCCCAGGGGCUGACACUGAAAAUGGAAUCUUGGAACAUUUAAGGGCUCCCCUCCAAACCAGAAGAUCCACGAGCAAUCCUGGCAGGCAUUUAGAGAGGAGCAAAGAAAGAGGAGUGAUCAUGGCUGCUUGGGAGAACAUAUUCUGGACUGAUUCAGUUCUGCUCUUCCUAAUGGUUGUCUUUUGUUCGCCUGUGUGUGUUGAAGUCCAAUCUGGUACAGAAGCUGUAAAGGGAGAGAACAUGACCUUGUUGUGCAUCUCUUGCAUGAAGAGGGAGGAAGUUGCUGCCACCACCAAUGUUAGGUGGUUCUAUCAACCUGAGGAUGGGCAAGAAAUACUUAUUUAUGAAUUUGAUGGAAAACCUUUAGACAUAAAAAGUCCACUGCAAGGUCGACUUCAGUGGACAGGAAGCAAAGAUCUGCAAGAUGUUUCUAUCACCAUCCUCAAUGUAACAACCAAUGACACAGGAGUCUUUACCUGCCAUGUGAACCGUACUCUGCACUUUGAUGCUCACCGUCACUCAACUCAAAGCAAGAAAAGCAUCACACUAAAGGUCAUGGAAGAAGCUGGUGAAGACUUUACUUCGGUUCUUUCUAAAAUUAUGAUGUAUUUGCUUCUUGCCUUCCUUACCUUCUGGCUAUUAGUAGAAGUUGCAUAUUGCUACAGGAAGAUCUCCAAGGCAGAAGAAGUGACGCAAGAAAGUGUAACUGACUAUUUAGCUAUACCAUCAGAAAACAAGGAGAACUGUUCAGUUCCAGUUGAAGAAUAACAUCUCAGCAGAAGCAGAUGAAAGGUUAUAAGAACUUCAUAAAAGUUUGAUCAGCAUUUUCUCAACAAUCAAACUGGAACUAGCCAUACACUUAGAGCCUCCCUAACUGAAUUUAUCACUUUUUUGUGGGAUCCAGUAUAAAUGCCUUAGUCAUUAUAUACACUUCUGUGCUUAUGGUUUACCUAUUUAAAGUAAGAUGUAAGUACUCUGUUUCCAAAAGUGUGUCUAGUAAAGAGAAGCACAGAAAAUAUAAAAACACUUGUGAUGAUAUGUAGUGGAGAAAAGCUAUUGACUAGAAAAUAUUGUGCAAGUAUAGGAUCGGAUAUCCAGAAUUGUUGGGAUUUUUCCAUAUUAUGGGUCUUUGCAUAGUGUGGAGCACAAAACCUCACUAAAGAACAUUUAAAUGCAUAAUGGCCUUUCUCAGUACUAGAUGCCAUAGUUGCAGUCUAUAAUUUGGUUUGGAACAUGAGAUGCUUAUAUUGAGAAAACAUAACAGAAGGAUCCCAGUGGACUUUUUAAACUUUGAGACAAUUCUACAGAGUCAAUGUGUUUAACCAUAGAGAUAUAUUUGCUUAUAAUAUCAAGAUCACUAUAGUGCCGUAUCUACUACAUAUUUAAACUAGGUUUUGAGAUAUAUUGAAUAGAAGAGGGAAUUUCAUCCCUGCACUGCCAUGUACUGUACACAUUACAUUUACUACGGUAAUUACACACUGUAGAAAGCAUUUUGUAAGCUGAUAAGGAUAUAUUGUAUUCCUGUGUUUAUAUUGACUGCCAGUGGUACCAUGAAAUAUACCUUAUUUUUUUUUUCACUUA